AUGGACGCCUUAUGGACGCGCUUCGCUGUCCACUUCGACCCGGUCACCAGAACCGCCGGCGCGGCUCUACUUGGCAGCGUCUUGACCCAAGUCCUGACCCCCUGGCAGCCUGAACUGUGCUCUGAUAUUCUGGGCUUUCUACUGCUCCCCGUCAUCUUCGGAGCUGCUCCGCGUGACGUUGCGAAUAGGUUUCCGAGGGCAUCCCCGCUUCCUCUUGGCAACCCUCAGACUAAUAAUAGUCUGGUGUCUCGGCCCGCACCCCCCCUUUUGUUAUGGGUGGUUGCGUUUGGUGUCGCUGUAUUCUGCAUCUUUAAAAUUGAGAAUGGAACGGUCGACUUUUUGCCAGUAUUGACUCCGCUGCUUCUGCUAACUCAGAAGUAUCUUGGGCCUGAGGACCGCACUUCAGCAAGGUCUGAUACAUCAGUCUUGUCUCUUCUGGCCGCUAGCCUGUGGGGCACAACUCUAGUCGCCGCAUUCACCGUCGUCUCUUUCGCAAGCUGGGACAGUUUAUCCGGGUGGGGAAGUCGGCAAUAUGCCCUAUCCGCGAUUCCUGUUGUGUCUCUGCUAGUCGUCUACUUGGCUCUUAUCCCCAAGUGCGAGAAGGCCUCCCGGUUCCUCCCGAUCUUCGACAUCCAGGACACGGCUCGCUCGUUGACAUGGCGUGUCGUGUCUAUCUUGGGGCUUGCCGUCGGCGGAGAGGUUGGCUUGUUCGGUCUCCCUAGCAUAACUUUAGUGACGCUACCAUUGAGCUUGGUUAAGGCUUUGACUUGGUACUUUACAAUUCAGACAGCUCGGCAAUAUUCGUGGCUCUCGGCUACUGUGAUAGGAACAUUCGGGACUAUGUCCACUCUUGAUCCCUUCAUCCAAUCUUCUGGCACCCAGGCCUUGUCGCACGUAGUAGCUUCCGUUCUUGCACUCGGCCAGCUGAUUUAUGUCCUUCCUAAGCAAGCAAGGACCAAGUCUGCUCUCUGGACGUUUUGUUUCGUCUCUCUCCUUCCGUAUCUUUCCAAUAUCCUCGCUAUCAGAAUCGCGCAGUCUUCAUUUCUCCAUCUGCGGGAGCAUCCUAUCCAGGGUUUAAUUCACGAUGCUCGGGCCGAUUUCGAGGCGUUGCUCCAAAAGCAAUCUACAACCUAUUCGGCAGCUCACGAUGAGUACCGCCGCCGGUAUGGCGUAGAGCCUCCGCCGGGCUUCAAAGCUUGGUACGAGUUCGCAAGAUCGCACGAUUCGCCAAUUAUCGACGAGUUCGACACGAUUUAUCGUGGCAUUUCGCCGUUUUGGAAACUGAGCGGCCAGCAGGUUCUAGAGAUCAUGACUGUCGCGCGAAAUGACCCGAAUAGCGAACUCUGGCUCUGUACGUUUUCUGGUCUUGCGGCUAGGGCCGAUUGUAAUCACCAAUGGCGCACUUUUGACAGACACGUGCCGCUCUUAUUUGACACGCUGUUGGGCGAACUGCGCGGUGUUUUGCCAGAUGUCAAGUUUCUUGUCAAUCACCUUGACGAACCGAGGGUCUUGAUUCCACCGGGAUCAAGGGAGCAACCGGGCCCAGAUAAUGUAUUUAAUAUAACUGAUCUGUCGAGACAACGUGCUUGGGAUAUCCUCACAAAAUUUUGCCCUUCCCAGGAUAAUAGGAGGGACCUUUCGACUAGCCACACGAUAGAAGCGUCCGACGACUUAUUCAUCACCAAUGCUUCCUCGGCCAAAGACCUAUGUCAGCACCCCGAGUACAGUGAUAUGCACGGGUUCCACAUAAGCUCUACGUCAUUUCGGCUAAUUGAAGGCUUGGUGCCAGUGCUAUCAACCGGCUCCCCGUCGACGAUGGGCGACAUUCUUUACCCCAGCCCGGCCUAUAUCGAGUCCGAGUUCCAAUAUGUCGAAGCUAACGACGUCGACUGGGACCAGAAGCGGAACAACCUCUACUGGGCCGGCUCGACGACGGGCGGGUUCGCCGUGGACGGCCAGUGGCGGAAUCACCACCGGCAGAGAUUUGUCGCACUAGCGCAGAAUCUGCAGGGUCGGCAGCACCAGUAUCUGAGCGAGCAGGCCGACGACGGCGUGGUACGAUCGUCGUUCCUGGACGGGCGGCUGUACGACGUGGGGUUCACGCGGAUCUUUCAGUGCGGGCGGCGGCAGUGCCGGGAGCAGCGGGCGUACUUCGGGCGACGACCGUGGGCGGCGGCGGACCAGGCGCUGGGGUCGCGGCUUGCGUUCGACCUGGACGGCAACGGGAUCAGCGGGCGCUACUACAAGCUGCUGGCGUCGCGGUCGGCGCUGCUCAAGCAGACACUGCUGCGCGAGUGGCACGACGAGCGCCUCGCCGCCUGGGUACACUACGUGCCCGUCAGCCAAUCGCUGACCGACCUGCCCGAGCUCGUCCGCUAUCUCGCGUCGACGCCGGCGGGUCGCCAGGCCGCCCGCCAGGUCGCUGACCAGGGCCGCGACUGGUUCGCCCGUGCUUUCCGUCGAGAGGACCUCGCCAUAUACGCUUACCGCCUCCUGCUCGAGCUCGCGAGGCUCCAGGACCCCAGGAGGCUAGCUGGCAGAGUCGAUAUAGAGGAAUAGAUGGCGCGCGCAUGUGGGGAAGGGGCGAGCCUUUUUCUCUUGUGUGCUUUCGACGCAUUCGACCUGUGGGAGGGGGUGGGGGCGUUGCUCUGUUACAUCGCUAAGCCACUUCGUCUUGGUUGUUGGACCGUCAGCAGCAAAGGCGGGAAAAUCCUCGAUUCGCCUAACGUGGCGGUCGAGCUGGUUGGUUCCCCCUUUCGCCGGGGCAUAAUUCGGCGGGAGUAGCCACGCUAACAGUAAUGCAUGGUCACCGUAGGCUGUCAUUACGGUCUGGAGGCGAGCCAGACCUUCGGCUGGGUCUUUCGCUCGUACAUGCGCGAUAACGUGCGCCCGAGUGGGGCCUAACAAGAACUAAGACGCCCAAAUGCAGGAACGUUAUCUUUAUUCCCUCAAUGUGUCCUGAAUUACUUAAUAUCAAUUAAUAGGUAUCUGCUGAUCUCCUCAUAAGGCCUGCGCUAUACAGUAAAAAUCAACUCCUUAGGCAUUCUCCAACUUGGCUUCGGCAUCCCCUACGCUUUGCGGCAAUUUCUAGUCACGGCGAUAUUUCUUCUAUCAGAAGUUUCUGAUACAUGUACGUCAUGGGACGUCGCCUCGCUUAAGCCUCAUGCAUAUUUGCUAAGAGCUUGACUGCAUAUCCG